AUGGCUUCCGUCGGCUUCAACGUAGCUUCCAGCUCACGAGGCGCUUUCGCCAUGUCGAGCUCCAGUAGGAGGCUCAUCACGACUUCCGCUUCGGGUCUGUCCCUUCGCCCUCGCACGACGGCGGCAGCACCAGCAUCGCUGUCGGCAACUGUUCCGCUGCGCACUUUUAUUCGCGACAGCAACUCCUCGUGGUCUGACGCUUCUUCCUCCUGGACUUCUACGUCUUCUUCUACUUCUCACCAGUACGCUUCGUCGAAUCAGCAGAACGCAUCACCGCAUCCAUUACCAGCGCGGGUGUUUUCGUCCCCGUCUUCUUCCUCAACCUCCUCGACCUCGUCCAACUCUUCUUCCGCACCACCGCACCCACCCUUCUCCAAGCGCUUCUCCACAACUACCUCGCUCUACGCCUCGCACCAUUUCGACACACAGGCGUUCGCACAGCGUCUGGAAGCCUCGGGCAUCUCGCGCGAACAGGCCGACGUGCUCACCGAAUCGCUACGCGACGUCAUCGACGAAAGCAUCACCAACCUCGCCAAAGGCCUCGUCACGCGCGAAGAGGGCGACCAGACCAACUACACGCAAAAGGUCGACUUCACACGCCUCAAGUCUGAACUGCAGCUGCUCGAGAGGAACGAUUUUGCCCUCAUGAAGAGCGAGAACGAAAGGCUCAUGGCGGAUGUCGAGAAACUCAAGCAGAGGUUGCGCGAGGAGAUCACUCGAACCACGGCCGGUGUCAGGCUCGAUCUGAAUCUAGAGAAGGGUCGAAUCCGCGACGAGUCAGCUGUUCAUGCGCUCAAGAUCAAGGAGGUCGACACACGCAUUGAGUCCGAAAUUGCAGGUUUGCGCACUAGCAUUCAGAGCGCAAAGUUCAACGUGUUGCAGUACUUGGUCGGUGUAGCAACCGGUGCCGGUGCCCUGCUCCUGGCCUACCUCCGAAUGUUCCGCUAG